AUGACUACUGAUGACUCUGCGUGCGACAAUGGCUGUGACCAUAAUCGGACCUUUCAACAAAAGCAAGCACCGGGUCUUACAUCAUACGUUACGCAGGAUAACAUUAAUAAUGAACUACAUCGAAAUAUAAAUCAAAAUUUAAUUAUGUCGCCCGCGUCGGCUGGCAUUUCCGGCCCCAUUGUGACGAGUAAUUAUAAUGUGCCAGCCCCACAAUCGCCACCCCUACCGGCGGCCACCGGUCAUGGCAGUUUCCAUGGCAGCUAUAGCGCCGCCUUCACCGCCUCAUCAGAUAUGCCUUAUCCUCCCUCUUCAAUUUCGGCGUCAUCAUCGUAUCAUCAUCAACACCAACUACAGCAACAGCAACAGAGGCAGCAACAGCAGCAGCACCAACAACAAUCACAACAGUUGAAUCUACAACAGCCAUACCAUCAAACAAGUGGGAGUAGCAUAACAAGUUUCGAUUCAGCAAAUGUAAUUGAUGAACGACACCAACAACGACAUUCACAUCAACAUCAACAGCUGCAACAUAUAGCACGCCCCCUACAUAAAGUGGUGGGCGUGGGUGGUGGUGGUGGUGGCGAGCAUAACAGCCUUGGCGAAGCAGCGCAAGGCAGCUCGGCCGAGGUUUCCAAUGCCGGCUUAGAUGAAAUCUACGCGGCGCCCAUGUACUUCGGCACGGAGAACUCCACUGUUGUGACGACGCAAAUUGGUGCGACCGCGCACAUACCCUGCACUGUACAUCACAUUGGCGAUGGUGUGGUUUCUUGGAUACGUAAGAAAGAUUACCAUCUACUGACAGUGGGGUUGACGACCUACAGCAGUGACGAGCGAUUUAGCGCCACACAUCUCAAACAUUCUGAGGAUUGGACGCUGCAAAUAAAAUUCGUGCAACUACGUGAUGCUGGCGUCUACGAGUGCCAAGUGUCAACCCAUCCGCCCACAUCAAUAUUUUUGCAUUUGAAUGUUGUCGAAGCACGCGCCGAAAUUUCGGGACCACCAAUACGAUAUUUAACACCGGGCUCUACACUACGCCUGCAAUGUCGUGUUGUGCAGAAUACGGAGGCAUCCGAGUUCAUAUUCUGGUAUCACGAUAAUCGUAUGAUCAACUAUGACAGUGAUCGGGGUAUAAAUGUUUCAACGGAUCCAGAUUUCCAAUCAUCAGAGCUGACAAUUCAACGAACACGUCGGGAGCAUUCGGGGAAUUUCACCUGUGUUGCUAGUAAUACGCAACCUGCAAGUGUGUUAGUGCACAUUUUUAAAGGUGAUAAUCCGGCAGCGAUGUACCAUGGGCAUGUGGGUGGAUCGACUAAAUCAUAUCAAACGCAUUUGCAUGGCAUUACUGCUAUAAUAGCCAUGGCUUACCGAAUAUUACAAACAUAUGUGCAUGUAAACCUGGGAUAAUUACAGCGGCAAUAACAACAACAACAACACAAGUGGCCGCUGUCAGUUUAGUUAUAUAGCAAACACAAACACAAGCGCAAGCACAAACAAAAAUAAACCAAAACCACACACACACACACACAUAGAAGCAGGAUUUAAGAGAGCUGAGCUAUUCGGCGCUGUUGUAAAGCCGCGAAAGUAGAGCAACUCAUUUAUAUAGACACACACAACUACAGUAAUGCACACAGUUACACAGGCAUAUGCAUACUUAAGUUUAAUAAUAUAAUAACAUUAUCCCGGGCAUAAUAUUAGCAGAUAUUUGAGUAAAUCUACAUACACCCGUUGACAAAAAAAUACCCAUACACCUUUUGUGAUCAUAAAUUUUGACAUUUAAUUUUUUAAAUUUAAUUUUAACUAAACUUCCUUCAUUCCUUCGUAAUUCUCAAACUUUGUACGAAGCUCAGAAAAACUCAUAAAAUUUUGAUCAAAAUUUCCAACUUUUUAAGGGGCGAGCCUGGUUUAUAAGGACAAAAAAAUCAAUUUUUUUUUUUUCGUUUUAAGCGAUUCCUAAUAUAUUUCAGAAUAUUCACACAAAGUUACAGAGCCUAAUUCUCAAUAUUUCCGUAGAUACAAAGCCAAAGGUAGGCGAGCGUUAGGUAGUUACGCUGUGGCCGGACAGCUAUAGUACAAACUUUAUC